AUGGUUACUUUUGAUGCGAUCGUUAAUCGUUGGUACUACGGCGGUUGGAAGUCCCCACUUUUGAACUUUUUCCAGUUCAACGUGGGGAAAGGACUUUCAUCCUUUUAUGGCAUUUCUAGACCAGAUUUUUACUUCUUUCAGGCAAUACCUGUUCUCCUGUUAAACUUCUUACCUGCAUUUUUGUAUGGACUUUUCAUAAAUGACAGUAAUAUGGCUGCCUUAAAAUUGCUCGCACUCGUAUAUAUUGUCGCCUUUUCAUUCAUUCAACACAAGGAGUUCAGAUUCAUUUAUCCAUUGAUGCCUGUGUUCUUGAUGAUUACAUCAUUAGGAAUUGAUCGCUUACUCCAGAGGUUGUCCGUUAGAGUUUCAAAAGCAGUGGUGUUAUGCACAAUCUUUUUUUCGGUGCUGGUGUCUGUGGAUUUUUCACUAUGGCAUGAAAGUGGUGAAAUAGCGAUCACUGGUAUCUUGCGAGAAAAGAUACUAAAGAGUCAGCAGUACAAGCAGGGGAAAAUAACCGAUGUUGGCUUCUUAACGCCUUGUCAUUCCACUCCAUAUCAAAGUUAUUUUCACCUUGAACCUUCAGUUGCCAAUAUUUGGUGGCUUACAUGCGAGCCACCCCUUCAACUAGACUCCUCGGAUAAAUUGAAAUAUUAUAAAGAUGAGUCUGACUUAUUCUACGACAAUCCGAAAGGAUUUUUAAACGAGAAUUUCCCGGAUAUAAAUGACUCUUCUAAUACAGCACCGGAUACAAAAUAUUCACACAGCUGGCCUGAGUAUUUGAUCAUAUAUCAUCAGCUGGAGCCUCUGAUGCAUAAAAUUCUGGAGGGGUUAAAUUAUUCCGAAGAUGAAAGAUUAUUCAACAGCAAGUUCCAUUGGGAUUAUAGAAGAACAGGAGAUAUUAUCAUCUAUCAUAAAGGAAAAGAAGCAUAA